GCCAGAUCAUCUCCUGCGGUGCCGUCGGUGUGGGGAAAAGAGGGGAGUGGGAGAGAACUCGCUUCUGGUCAGAGAUCCAUUGCCCUGGGCAGGCAGGAGCGGGAGGACUGCAGGACGCUUUCCACAUGGCCCCGGGUGGCUGUCUGGCCGUGGGAAGGCACGGACCCAACUCGGUGGGUGGUGGAAAAGGGCAGCUCUAGGCACCGGGUUCCCAGUCUCCAGCAUCCCACGCUGGAUACCCCGGAAGAGCUUAGGACAGAAUGGGGUCCCCGGGGUGGCACUGGGCUUCGGGGCCAAAGGGAGGAGAAGUCGGGGAGAGCGGGCGCUGAAUGGUUCCCACGCGAGCGAGCGUCCUUGGUCAGGUCCGGGGCUGGAGCACAGGAUGGCCUUCUGGCGGGAGGUUUUCUUUUUAAUUUUUGUUACUGUGUGAAUUUGAUUGCAGUUUGGCUGCAGGGCUUCCCAAGUAUGAAGCAGAGAUGGCUGCACUGGACAUUGCCUGUAUAAUUUAAUAAUGUUCUUUAAUUGCAAAGAAAGGCUCUGUGCCUUUAAAAAGGAAAAUAAGUGGAGUCUGGAAAAUUUUAGUGAAUGCAAAUUUCCCAGACUAGAGCUCUGUCUGCAACUGUGGUGGAAUUGCUGAGCCAGGAAAGCUUCAGCUGUCUGAAUCAUUUGCUCUGUGAUCUUACAGUGGAGGAGCUGCUGUUGUCUGAGUCCCAGCUGUGUUUUCCAGGCUAAUGAGGGACUCUGUCCAUGCCUUUCUAUCAGGAACCCUAGUGGAAGGUAGCUUGGGGUUCUUUAUGGGAGUCUCUUCAGAGCCAUCUGUUGCAAACUGUGAAGAAGGCCAAAAGCCAUGUCAUGGUGAUUGUAAUUGUCUCCUUUGCCAGGCCAGGAGGAGCAAGUUUACUGAGUUAUCUGAGUCAGAUCUGCUGGUUCCAAGGACUGUGGUUCUGUUGGUCCAUGUGGUGAUCAUAGCAGAGGCCCUUGUCUUUGCCCCUUCCUGAGUGUGGAUUAAUGGGGGUGUGGGAAGCUCAGUAGCCCUAGUAGCUUGUGGGCUUGGGUACCAAAGGUUUUCCAUGGAGAUCUCUUGCCAGCCUUGGUUCUAGGGUUCCAGCAAAUAGAAAGGAAUGCAGGCAGGGAGGGGAAGUUGCAAACCUGCUUUUGCAGUGCCAGUCAACUCCACCUCCAUCUCUGCUGUGCCAUGCAGUAAUUCUGUGCCACCCUGCACUGAGUAGGGUCCCCAAGUGCACUGGGGGCUUGGUCAGUAAUGGUUUUUUUUAGAUACUUGGCAGUUCCCUUGUGCAGGGUUGUUUUAUUAGACUUCUCCUGAAUUUGUCCCAGUGUAUUCUAGCUUCUGCAAACUUCAUAGAGGUCUCCAUUUCUUUCCACUUAUCCCUGUAAGUAGGAUACAAGAUGCUACUCUUCUUCUUUUUUUUUUUUUUUUUUUGGAUUUUUUUUUGAGACAGGGUUUCUCUGUGUAGCUCUGGCUGUCCUGGAACUCACUUUGUAGACCAGGCUCGCCUCGAACUCAGAAAUCCGCCUGCGUCUGCCUCCCAAGUGCUGGGGUUAAAGGCGUGCGCCACCACACCGGACUGAUGCUACUCUUUAAAAGUUUUCUUGGCAUAAGACAUAGCUUGUGUAAGCUCUCCCUACUGCAGCUGUUGUAAAUUCUACCUUCUACUUUUGCUAUUUUUCUCAUCUCCUGCGACCUCCAACUCAGGAACCCAUCUCUGAGAAAUGGCUUGCUAUUUCAGGGCUCUGAGGCACUUAAUAAAUGUUCUGGGGGUCUUUGCUUUGUAUAUCUCCUAGCUGUCUUAAGUAGGACUUGUAAUCUCCAGUCCAUAUUGAAAUUGUUCAAAAUAACCUGGGGACUGAACAGGAAAUAAACUUAUGGAUGAGAGCAUGUGUGGAAUCCAAUACCUGUUUUUGCCUGGAUGGUCUUUGAGCAUUAGCCGCAGCUGAAUCCAUGCUGCCAUUAAGAAAAUUUUCCUAAUUAAUAUUUUAGUUGUAUAUGGAGUAUUUCUUUCUGGGAUGACAUGUUAAUUCUGGGAGAGCUGUCUCUUCUUCCCGUCAUAAAGAUGUGUCUAAGACAAGCUAUGUUGACUCAGGAAGCCUUGAUCCUGGUCUGCUGCUCCCCAGGGCAAUGACCUUGCUUUCCUCUUGAUAUAAAUUCCUAAAUUCUUGAUUUAAAGAAUGUAGCAAAGUAGUGUUUUAUAGUUGCUCAUUUGAGUCAUAUAAUGAACUAUUCAUUUUUUCCACCUUCAGUAGAGAACAGGAGCAAUGGUUUACUGUUAUCUCUGUCAGGUGAAACAGGGCGGGAAAUAGCUUGAUCAUAGAUAAAACCAUAAGAGAAUCUGCUCCAGGUGUCACCCUUCUAGAGAAGGAUAAGAGUCAGGCAGGGUGAAUAAUUUUGUAAUUUAACAGCAUGUAUUAAAUAAUGCAUGAUAUUAAAUAAAACUAGAUUUGUGGGUGCUUAGUUUGUGCAGGUUAGCUUGAGCCAGUGAUAAUGAAUUUCUGUUUUAGGAUCUAUACUAUAUAGAUAGAAUGUAUCAGAAAUGUAAAACACAUUCCAUUAGGUGUAGCUGUGUGUGUCAGAUUAUAGAUCUCAGUAGUUAACAAAGCACAUAGGAGCAAGGUCAAGCACUAUCUUAUUAAUGCCAUUCCUUCUACCAAGAAAGGCCUGAUCUUUUUCAAAUCAGUACAGUGAUAUAUAUUUUCCCAACAUAGGUGUGGGUUUGUUGUUGUUAUUUUUGUUUUACCUACCGACUGAGGACAAUGUGCUGAUUAACAAGAGUGCUCCACAGUGUCUGACAUGUGUCCUGCUUUGCUCUGAGCCUUGUCUCAUAGCCAUUAGGUAGAAAGUGCUUGCGGUUUACUUGAACCCAGCCUGAAGUCACAAAACAAAGUUUGUGUCCAAAAAUCCCUCUUCAGUUGCUAAUAUUCUGGCACUGACCAUCUGUGGACAGUUUGGUAACUCCAGUGUCAGCUGAUUAAUGGGAUAUGCAAGCUAUCCAGCUUGAUUCCAGGAGGAAGAAGGGAAAUUGCCUCCUGAGUCCUUUCAUUGGAGCUCAGGCAAGCUCCAAAGCAGUGAACCCAGGGUCACUGACCAGAAAGGUGGAGAGGCAGGCAGGUGAGCAGCAGGGAUCAGGAAUCUUAGCCCCUCCCAAGGGUUUGGCGGGAGAACAGACAGGUAGGCUAUUGGAGGAGCACACUCUAACCCUAAGGGUGGUGCUCAUGUCACUCAAGAUUCAAUAGCCAAUCAGAACCUCCACAUGGAGCUGCUAGUUAGAAGAGGCAGUGACUUCCAGGUACCAAGCCUGCAAGUUUCUCUAAGGUCUUCCCAGAGGCAGGAUGGUAAGCAUCAGCCAGACAGAUGGGGCCACCUGUGAGGUAUUUUGUGGACCUAGUCUCUCCUUUUGGACCAGGGUGUGGCCUCUGAGUAACUUUAUUAUAAGCCUGCAUCUGGACAAAACCUUUGUGGCAGGGGUUUGUGUGUGGAAAUACACUUGGCAGGAUGAGAACCAGAGGAACAGCUUACUGUGUACACUGUCAGGUAAAACAGUGCAGACAAGAGCUAGGUCACAGACCAAAGGAAAGGGGAGUAUGCUGCAGGGGUCACUCUUAUGGAGAAGGGCCUGAUUAGGGCAGUGAGAAUGAUUUUGUAAUUUCACAGAUUGUAUUAAUUAUGCAUGGACGUAUAUAAAACUAGAUUCGUGGGUGUUUAAUUUGGGCAGGUUAGCUUGAACCAGUGGGUAAUGAAUUCCCAUUUUAGGAUCUGUAUUAUGAGAUAUGUGCAAUCCUUGGGUGACAUGUUUAAGUGAGCCCACAAAUAUUAAACACAUGACAUUAUCUGUAGCUGUGUGUGUCACAUUGUAGACAUCAGUAGUUAACAAAGCACUUAGGGGCAAGGUCAAACACUAUCUUGUUGAUGCCAUUCCUUCUACCAAGAAGGGCCUGAUCUUUUUCAAAUCAGUACAGUGAUAUAUUUUACUAAUAUAGGUGUAGGUUUGUUGUUGUUAUGUUUGUUUUACCAACCCAGUGAGGACAAUUGUUCUAAUUAAUGCACUGAGUGCUCCACAGUGUCAUGUGUCCUGCUUUGCUCUGAGCCUUGUCUCAUAGCCAUUAGGUAGAAAGUACUUGCAAUUUACCUGAACCCAGCCUGAAGCCACAAAACAAAAUCUUAUAUCCUAAAAUCCCUCUUCAGUUGCUAAUAUUCUGGCACUGACCACCUGUGGACAGUUUGGUAACUCCAGUGUCAGCUGAUUGAUGGGGUAUGCAAGCUAUCCAGCUUGAUUCCAGGAGGAAGAAGGGGAAAUGUCUCCUGAGUGCUGGAUUUGGAGCUCAGGCAAGCUCCAAACUUUCAAAGCAGUGAACCCAGGGUCACUGACCAGAAAGGUGGAGAGGCAGGCAGGUAAGCAGCAGGGAUCAGGAAUCUUAGCCCCUCCCAAGGGCUUGGCGGGAGAACAGACAGGUAGGCUAUUGGAGGAGACACACUAGUGCUACUGAACUGGAAAUCUGCAGAUAUGGAAAAGGAUUGGCCCAGGCUGGAACCAUUGUGCUGUGUCCCUACAGACACUCUGACCCUAAGCAUGGUCCUCAAGUCACUCAAGACUCAAUGGCCAAUCAAAACCUCCACAUGGAGUUGCCAGGCAGAAGAGGAGGUGACUCUUCCAGGAUUUAGUCACCUAUGAUGACGUGCAUGUCAACUUCACUCAGGAAGAAUGGGCUUUGCUGGAUCCUUCUCAGAAGAGUCUCUACAAAGGUGUGAUGCUAGAGACCUAUAGGAAUCUCACAGCUAUAGGUUACAUUUGGGAAGAACAUACAAUUGAAGACCAUUUCCAAACUUCUAGAAGUCAUGGAAGGCGUGAAAGAAGUUGUACUGCAGAGCAACCCUCUGAGUUUAUUCAAUGUGGUAAAGCCUUUGCAUAUGAGAGUUGUAGUCAAAGGCAUCAAAUUAAACAUAAUGGAGAGAAACACCAUGACUGUAACCAAUGUGGUAAAGCUUUUAAAAGAAGGAGUGACCUCCAAAUACAUAAGCGAACACAUACAGGAGAGAAACCCUAUGAAUGUAACCAAUGUGGAAAAGCCUUUGCAAGAAGUGAUGACCUCCAAAAACAUAAACGAACACAUACAGGAGAGAAACCCUAUGAAUGUAAACAAUGUGGUAAAGCCUUUGCAGGAAGCAGUGGUCUCCAAUGUCAUAAAAGAUCACAUACAGGAGAGACACCAUAUUAAUGUAACCAAGGUGGUAAUCCCUUUGCAGGAAACAGUCGUCUUGAAUAUCAUAAUCAAACACAUACAGCUGAAAAACCCAGGAAUGUAACCAAUGUGGUAAAGCCUUUGCAGGAAGGAUUGACCUUUAAAGAGAAAAGACCAUACAGGAGAGAAACUCUAUGAAGGUAUCUAAUGUUAUAAAGCCUUUGCAGCAAGCAUUGAUCUCCAAGUACAUAAAUGAACACAUACCAGAGAGGAACCUUUUAAAUGUAACCAAUGUGGUAAAGCUUUUUCGAAAAACAAUAGUCUUUACACACAUAAAAGCACAUAUAGUUGAGAGAAAUGCUUUGAUUUUAACCAAUGUGGUUAAACAUUUUCAAAAAGCAGUCAUCAACAAAAUCAUAAAAGAACACGUAUAGGAGAGAGAUUUUUGAAUGCUCGCAAUGGUGCUUUUACACCUUUUUCAUGAAGCAGUGGCCUCCAAAUAUAUAAAGGAACACAUACAAGGGAGAAACCCUAUGAAUAUUGGCAAUGUUUUAAAGCACUUCUACAUCACAAUCAUCUUCAAAUCCAUAAAGAGCAUGAGGUGGAGAGAAAUCCUCUGAACAACACUAAUUAGGUAAAGCAAUUGUACAAAAGAGUCAUCUCCCAACACAAACGUAUACACACAGGAUAGAAACCCUAUGAAUAUAAGCAGUGUGGUAAACAUUUUAUAAGUCACAGUAGUCCCUAGGUAAAUAAAAGGAAACACAGUUGAGAGAAACCCUAUGAAAGUUAUCAAAUGAACAAAGCCUUGUGCAUUAAAAUCUUCAAAUACAUAAAAGAAGACAUAGAGGUGAGAAACCCUAUGUCUGCAAGCCAUGUGGUAUUGCUUUCACUUGUCAGUCAUAUUCAAAGACACAAAAGAAAAUAUAAUGUAGACAAAAUGCUGAGUGUAUUUAAUAUGGUGAAGAUUUUUGAAUACUUCUAGAGUCUUCACAAUGAAACAAUCUAUACUGCAAAGAAAUUUAGGAAUAUAAUAUGGUGAAACCUUUUCAGAUUUCCCAAAUUUCAUCAUUAUGAACGAGAAACCCAUGAAUGCAUUCAAUAUGGGGAAGCCUCUAAACAUUUUAAAUUCUUCAUCAUCAUGAAAUUAAUCAUACAAAGGAGAAUAAGGGGAUACAAGGCAUGUUUCUUAUUGUCUUGAUUGAGUGACAGUCCUGACAUCCUUUGGUGAUAAAUAUAAAUGUAGAAAGUGUGAGCUGGAUUAAACCCUUUCCUCCCCAACUGCUUCUUGGUCAUGAUGUUUAUGCAGGAAUAGAAACCCUGACUAAGACAAAUUGGUAUCAGGGGUGGGGUAUUUUUGUGACAACCUGACCAUGUUUUGGGAGGACUGUCAAAGGACUUUGGAACUUUGGGCCAGAAGAUCCAUUCGGUGUUAAGAACUCUGUGGGAUGUUGUGUAGGAGCUUGGAAGAAAAUGUUGAGAGCAGUGCAGAAGAUUAAAUCCUGGCUUGUAAAAUUUCACAGGGAAAAUUAAAGACUUUUGAGGGCCAUUGCUAUUUUGGAUUGUGAAGAUCUGUGGUUCUGGAUAGCUAGGGCUGAAGAAUCAGCUGUGAUGAACAAGAUAACAGAACUACUAGAGUGAAAACUUUGUAUUACUGGGACUAUUGAUGCUGUUUAGUUGGAGCUAAGAAAUUAGCAGUGAUUAAAAAGAAACCAGCAUCAUUGAGAUGGCACUAUAUGGGAAGUGUUUUCUGAGAGCACAGAGGCACUGUUAUAAAGAUAGUCAAGGUUGUAUCUUGUGCUGUGGCUGGACUUGGUAACGUGUAAGAGGUACCCAGAUGGUACUGGUUUUGAAAGCAUAAAAGGAUCAUGCAGAGCAGCUGAAGCCCAGCACUGUGAGAGACCAUGGAAGGCCAUUGGUGAAGGUGCAGCCUCAGGUGCAAUUGAUGGCCCAGUGCUGAAGAGAUCAUGCAGUGUUUUGGAGUUUUCACGUCCAUGAAUGACCAAGAACAGCAGCAACAGUAAAGUACAGGCAUCUGGAGCCUAGAGGACAAGCUGUGUGCCACAAAGGACAGGGCUGGAGAAGUGACCCAAGCCCUUGGAGGAGCCCAAAGGAUCGUGAGUUGGAUCCCAUACUUUGGAUAGUUGGAGUUUAAUUUUGGAUUUUGAUUGUGACUGUGCGCUAAUGUUUUUCCCUCUUGAAGGGAGAAUAUACUUUAGUGGAUUCCACAGUUAAGAGACUUUUAAUUGUAAAAGGCUUUGGAUUUUAAAGGCUAUUAGAUAUUUUUAAGGGAUUGAACUUUUAAUAUGUAAAGACUGUGGGACUUUCAAAGUUGUGUAUAUCUUGGGGAUGAAUAAGAAACUAAGGUUUGAGGAUUACUAGUGAUGUGUUUGUGUGUCAAGUUGACAAGGUGUCAAUUGUACUGGCUAGUUUUGUGUCAACUUGACACAAGCUGAAGUUAUACAGAGAAAGGAGCUUCAGUUGGGGAAAUACCCCCAUGAGAUCUAGCUGUCAGACAUUUUCUCAAUUUGUGAUCAAGGGAAUAGGCCCCUUGUGGGUGGGACCAUCUCUCUGUGCUGGUAGUCUUGGGUUCUAUAAGAGAGCAGUCUGAGCAAGCCAGGGGAAGCAAGCCAAUAAAGAAACAUCCCUCCAUGUCCUCUGCAUCAGCUCCUGCCACUUGACCUGCUUGAGUUCCAGUACUGACUUCCUUGGUGACGAACAGCAAGCAGUAUGAAAGGAUAAGCUGAAUAAACCCUUUCCUCCCCAACUUGCUUCUUGGUCAUGAUGUUUGUGCAGGAAUAGAAACCCUGAAUAAGACAACGGGUAUAAGGUCUGGAUUGUAAAAAAAGACAUCAGACAAUAAAGAAAUGAAGAAAUAAAAUUAUGGCCUGGUGAGAUGGCUCAGUGGGUAAGAGCACCCUACUGCUCUUCCGAAGGUCUGGAGUUCAAAUUCCAGCAACUACAUGGUUGCUCACAACCAUCCGUAUCGAGAUCUGACUCCCUCUUCUGGAGUGUCUGAAGACAGCUACAGUGUACUUACACAUAAUAAAUAAGCAAAUAAAUCUUUAUAAAAAAGGGAAAAAAAGAAAUAAAAUUAUUUUUAAAAAAAGGAUGGACAGACAGAAACAUACCUUCCAAAUUAUAGCUUCAUUUUCACACCAAUCAGGAUUUAGGGAUAGGGGCUUAUGAAGUUUACAGUGUCAUCUGUUAUAUAUUAUGGGUGUUAUAGUUUAACCAAUCAUAUGGAUUUGUUCUUUGGUGGUAAAGUACAGGUCUUAUGUUUUGAGGAGCACAAUGAAAAGCAGAAAGCAUUAUUAGAGACAGUCAUUAUGUUUUCAAGAAGAGAAUAUGUGUAAAGUGAGGUUGGAUCUCCACAAGACCUCAUGCCUGGAAACUUGAACUUAGAGUCACCAUAUGAGUAAAUGCAGGGUAAUAACAAAAAAGGCAAUACUUAGGGCCUGGUGUUUGUUUUGUUUUGGUUUUUCUGCUUAUUCCCAAUUGUGUAUUGGUUCUCAUGCUACUCCUGUUAAAUUGUUCAAAUUGAUAAGCCCAUAUUGGGACACUGAGAUUCCCUGCCCCAAGCUGAUUGUAAAUGGGUAACAAAAGUGCCAACAGCCAAUGGCUAGGCAGG